AUAAAAUCGAUAUAAGCAAUUUUAUGCUUUUUGAUUUCUUUCUCUAAAAUUUCUUUAAAAAUGCAUUUAAAUUUUUACUAAAAGUCCAAAAACUGUUGUAAAGCAAUCAGACAUUUAUAAAUUGCCUAUAUGACAUUUUCGUCCGUUUUCUUCUUGCAACAAAAAUGAAGCAUUGUAAAAGUGUCUUCAUGUAAAGAUUUGAUGAACAUUUCAUAAAAUUGUCAAGAGACUUUUAAGAUGAUAUAUAAGACAGAUUUACAAACAUAUUACAGCGAAAUAAGCAUUAAAGUUCCCUGGGGUCAUAUAAGUGGUCGCUGGUAUGGUGAUCAAAUGGAAAGACCAAUCUUAGCCCUACAUGGUUGGCUAGAUAGUUGUGGAACAUUUGCAAAGUUAGCUCCUCUAAUUGCUCCAUAUCGUAGUAUACUCUGCAUAGAUUUACCCGGUCAUGGUCAUUCCUCCCAUUUACCAGUUGGCAUGCUCUAUCAUAAUAUAGAAUUCGUGCGUGUUAUUCUACGCAUAAUGCAGACCUACAAAUGGAAAACAGUUAGUUUAAUGGGUCAUUCUAUGGGUGGUUCGGUAUGCUUUCAUUUUGCUGCCUUCUAUCCGGAUCGUGUUGAUAUGGUCAUUAGUUUGGAUAUAAUCAAAAACUAUUACUGGGAACCACAUAUAUAUCCCUCCGUAAUAAGACAUUCCAUUGAAAAAGCUUUAGUUGACAAUGAACGCCUACAAAGAGAUAAUCCCUCAGAGCCACCUAGUUACUCAUUUGCAGAAUGUGAACAACUUUUAUAUGAGGGUUCUUUAGAAUCGGUAGAAUUGAAAAACUGUAAAUAUAUAUUGGAGCGUAAUAUACAAAGAUCAGAAUUAUAUCCAGAUAAAUUCUAUUUUUCACGAGAUGGUCGUUUAAAAUACCUAAGUGAAUUGAAUCCCAAUUGGGGUUUAAGUCUGGAAAUGGCUAAACGAAUUUGUGAUCAUUUUAUACCUUAUUUGGUUCUAAAAGGUGGUGAAUCAAGAAAUAUAAGUGCUAAAGCUACACAAUUAGAUGAGUUUAUGGUGAAAAAUAAUAAAAAUUUUGAAUGUCAUAUUUAUCCCAUGGGUACACAUCACUUACAUUUGAAUAAUCCUAAACCGGUGGCACAAUUGAUAAUACAAUUUUUGCAUAAAUUUGAAGAAAAAGAUUCAAAAUUUGAAAAAUCUAAACUUUAGUUAAUAUUAUAUUUUACACUUAAUUAAUAAAAUUUGUUUAAUGUAUGUA